AUGAGCCGCCUAUCGGAGCAAAUGAAGUUCGAAUGUGGCGCGUUUGACCGGUUUUAGAUUACAGUAUAAACAGUUUGAUUCGUUUCACAUUUAAAAGGGCCGCAGCGUUGCGUUUGUAGCGCAUUUAAACAUCGUUCGACAAAAACAGAAUCAACAUCGAGGCAGUAUGAAGCAAAUUAUAAAUAGCGGAGUGUUUUUGGUGGGUUUGGUUUGUAUGUGGCGAUGUUGCCAAGCUAACGAGGGGGUUAAGACAAGCGUGAGGGUGUUGAAACAGGGUGAAUUAGAUGUGGUACUUGAGGAGUUUGCUGGUAAAGAUGGGGUGGAGAGUGAGGCGGUUGAUGGGAGGCAGAGUUUGCAAGAUGGCAGAGAUGGAAAUACUGGAGAUUUAAUUUACAGAUACCGAGAAUCGCAGGACAUCCUGCAAAUCAGGGAGGUGAUCGUGUUACCCCAACUAAGUUCCGACGAGCAGGAGGUGCAAUGGUAUGCGGUGACCGAUGCCCGCAGGAUCACCACAGUGCGCGUGUUGAAUUUCGGCCGCCAGAGGGCCUACACUCUUCGAAUUGACGUGGCGGGAAACGAAGCUCAGGUUAUACUGAGAGUGCCGCCGAACUACGAUCCUAGAAUUAUGAUUGAGGUUUACGGAUAUUAGGGUUUUGAUUUUAAGGGUUUGUUGUAUUGACAACUUGUUGGAAUUUAAGUUAUUGUUAGGAGUAAGGUGGUAUGUUAUUUAUUUUUGUUAUAAAAGAAAAAAUAUAGUUUAAUCAACUGUAUGUAAAAAAAUAAAAAAAAAAAUUGUUCAAGAAUAUUUACAAUUAGUAAAUUAGAAUUACAGCCUUUAAAAGAAAUAAUAUUUAUAAUAUUUUUCUACAUUGUUUCAGAAACAAAGACCGGAAAUAUAUAAAAUAAGUAGUAUUUCAUUAGAUUUAAAAUACAAAGUCGCUGUUAUGUAUGGAAACGGUGGAUUAUUAGUUAAAAUACAAAAGAUACCGCAAAAAGUUAAAUACAAAAUUUUUUUUAAAAAAGAUUUUUAAAUGUCUAUUGGCGAGUAAUAAAUUUAUGUAUACGGGGUCUGUCAUAAAGCCGUGGCAAAUCAAAGUUUCAUUUUUUUUUAAAUAGAACCCCCUGUAUAUUAUUGCAUAUUUCAAUUCUUCCUUCAAUUCUAAGCAAAAAUCGAAAUACACACAAUGUACCUCAAACCAACCGUUUCCGAGUUAUUGACUCUUGAACAAAUAUCACUUAAACCAUUUUUGAUUUAAUUAAUUUCGAUAUGUUCAUGUUCAGUUUCAUUCAUGCCUUUCCGCCAAAACUGUGAAAAAAGUGGUAUUUUUAAAAGUCGAUAACUCGGAAACGGUUGGUUUGAGGUACAUUGUGUAUUUCAAUUUUUGCUUAGAACUGAAGGAAGAACCGAAAUAUGCAAUAAUAUACAGGGGGUUCCAUUUAAAAAAAUAAAA